AUGUCAACACACACCUUCACAAUCAGCACAUACGACAUCUUCACCCUCCUCGCCGACCUCAGCACCUCCAUUAGAAUCCCCGCCCCCAUCCCUCCUCCUGGCACUGCCCCCUUCCGCGCGCCCCCAGGACACAUAUACCCACCGACCGCCCCCGCGCCUGCCGCGCCCGAAACCCCGAGUAUAUUCCUCCGCCGCCUCGCACCCCCGCAUACUGUGUACUGUCCGCCGGCCGAACGCACGCCCGAGCGCUUCCACCGCGUAGUAGCGAGGGUGUGGCGUAUUAUUAUUGUCCUCCGGAGGGCGAAGGGGCAUCUGAGGUUUGUGGAGGUGAGGCAACUGUUGGGAUGGGCGGAGGGGUGGAUGCGGAUGUUGGAGGAGGAGGCGCUGGAGGGGGAGCAGCAGGGGUUGGUAAAGGAGCUGGGGGACGGAUUGUGGGGGGUUGUGGAGGUGUGGGGUGGGGUGAGGUUGGCGGUGAGGGGAUAG